AUGAUAGAGGUGGAAAGGAAAUUCUUGAUAACUCCUGAAACGAGAGACCGUAUUUCGUCCCUGGGAGGCUCCCUGCUGGCUAGAAAACACCUCCACGACACAUACUAUGACACAGUAGACCACAGGAUGGUACAGCAAGACCACUGGCUGAGAAAGCGAGGUGAACGUUGGGAGUUGAAGUACCGACACCGUCUUUACGGAGGGCAGGAGAAGGAGGAAGGAGCCUCACUCGGCAGGCCUGGGUGUAGUACACUUGAGCAGAAAGGUGUCCUACAGGACACCAGUGACCGCAAAGGUGUCCUACAGGACACCAGUGACAUCAAAAGUGUCUUCAAAAACAACGCCGAACGUAAUAAUGUCCUAAAACACACCGAUCACUACAGAGAAGAAACAAAUGAGCACUUAAUCUUGGCGCACUUGGAAGAAGUUUUUCAAAUAAGAACGAAAACCAUGGAAAUGAAGCCUGGGGUAGUCGUCACCAUGGAUACACUACUGGAAUGUGGUAUUCUGGUACCAUUAGUUGAAGUUCGUUGUGUGAGGGAGUGUUACAUUGUCAGGAUACCGCGAAAUUUGGAGGGGGUAGGGGAGAAGGGGGGAGAGUGUGAGGAGGUGAGGGUUGACUUGGAUGAGUGUGAGUGUGGUGAGGGAGGAGGAGGGACGUAUGGAGUGGGGGAAGUUGAAAUAAUGGUGUCCUCGUUGACUGAUGUGGAACCUGCAGCACAAAAAUGUAGGGACUUAGCCCUCCAACUUGGUGAUUGUCCAUCCUUGCCCCCAGGGGGGAAAGUGCCGUUCUGUCUGAAGCGCUCCAAGCCACAGUUGUGGGAAACUCUUCUUGGAAAUGGAGUCCUGAGGAGGUCAGCCAAUCACAUCCUGCCUCGGAGCCAGCCAGCUCCAUGCGUGAUAAUUAUGGCCCUAGUGAAUGGUGCAGGUGUUGCUGAGUGGUGUAUUACGUCUGUCUAUCCACCACAGCACAUUGUGACACGACAUAAUGUUGAAAAACAAACACUGUAUAUAUACACACCGGAAAGAGUUUGGUUUUGCAUUCAGUGAUGAUUAUUGUUUAUUGUGCAAUUCAGUACACAAAGAGUGGUGAAGUAUAGCAUGAGAGAGAGAGAGUGAUGACAUAAUGAUGAUAUCCGGAAGAUGACUAAUCGACAAAGUAUUGUACCAAGUGAAGCAGCACUAGCUUUUCAAUGAAGAGUUCAGAGUCUAACAUGGCUAUGUGGGCCGCUCUACCAAUGAUGGAGUUGGGUGAAGUUGGUAUGCAGUGGUCCACGCUGAUGCGAACUAAGUUGAUUUUCCGCUCGCGCAGAGGCUCCAAGAUGUUCUGCAUCAUCUCCAGACUCAGAGUGCUCUGCAGCGAGCCGUCUUUUGAUAGACAGGACAGCUUGGCAGAGUGGUGGGGAACGUACUUGUCCUGCGAAGAAGAGAGAAGGACGACGUGUUUGAAUGACUCCAAGGUUGGCGCCUCGCUCAGAUGGUAGAGGAACGAGUCGCGGGGGUUGGGCGCGUCUUUGAGCGAGAGCUGGAGGAGAGAGGUGGAGUUGUACCACUUGCGGACGGCCCACAUUCCCAUGCUCACGAUCCCGUUCUGGAGCCGGGUCCCGAGAUGGGGCGCACAGAUUGAGAAAAACAGGUGGAGUCGCGGGAGAUAGCGGGAAAACUCUUGCCGCGUCACCAGAGAGCGGACGAUAAUGUUUCCCAGCGAGUGUCCGAUGAAACUGAUUUUCGACGGCGGAGUCGGCAUGUCUGCGAUGUACCCGCUGACCUCCUCGAGGAGUCGGUCCGUCAUGAGGUUGAAGUCGCAGAAUGUGUCUCCCUGGUUGGACUGCGCCAUGAGAAACUCCAGUCUCAACUGGGGGAGGGCGAGCGAGAGGUAGAUGCGAUAGAGACGAAGAUCGAACUGGUUCCCCUGGAGUCCGUGGACGCACACGACCAAGUGUACGCUCCGUCUCCGCCGUUUCCGAAGGUGAGGAAAGACGCUCAGGAGAUAGGGCUGGAUGUGCCGGGUGAAACCGAAAGGCAGGGAAUCUUCUGGAUGAGAUGAUGAUGAUCGAUGCCUACUACUGCUGCUGCUACUACUGAGCUCAGCUACGGUGGGCCAGGGACACGGCUCGAUAAAUAUGACACUGGUGUUCGACAGAGUCUCCACGUUUUCUCGGCAGAAUGUGGGGAUGUGGAAUUGAAGAGACUGUCGAACGCGGUGUGCAACGGUGGCCUGUCGAACGGGAUCCAUGAGGUCGGCGGUGUGACUGUAGUGGGGCAUUCCGGGCCCCACAAAGGUCUGUUUGAGGAAGGACAGUCGGAGAGAGAGGAGACGGGUGGCGAGAAAAUUUAUCAUGUUUGGGUGGGUGAUGGCGGACGAGCAGAACCACUCCCAGGUGGCCGCGAGGUUCCUGUUCAUCUCGUGGAGCUCCUCCUGACAGAUGUCCUCCGCCUCGUCGAGACUAGUGGCACGGCUCAGUUUCUCUGUCCGCACAAACGGAUCGGGGGGCGUGGAGCCGUCUUCUCGCACGCCGUUUGUCUCCCCGUUCAUGGCUGCGUAGCCGAUGCACAGGGAGUCGCGGGCACUGUGCAUGAUGUCGCAGAACAUCUGGUGCGCCUCUUGCCCGCGCUGGAUGAGGGAAGUGGGGACAGAGUACUUUGCCGCUCUGAGGGAUCUCACGGCAGGGGAGACUGAGACUGCUGUAGCCAGGGACGAUGAGUGGUGGGGAGACUGCUGGUCCUCGGUGGCCGUGUUAGAGGGAAAGCUCACAACCGCCGCCAAAACCGGAGUUUCUUUGGAGCUCGGCUGACCAAACAACACGUUAGCCAAGUCGGGAAGAUGGGGUGCUAACCGCGCGGGCUGCGACGCCUGGAACGGCCACUUCUUCUGCUGAACCGGCGCUGAUUCAACGGUGAAAUCCUCUGGUAUGACCUCCACCAGCGAAGCGUGGACCGUGAGGCCCACGGCGGCCAUGUGAAAGUAGUCGAACACGACGGGAAAGUGGUCGUGGAGUCCCUUGCGCCAGUCGACGCGGAGCGAAACGUUUCGCGUGGACAUGUGCGAAAACUGUGACAGUCCCUCGGGCAUUUCGUCCCCCGGACAGUGCCGCAGAUCCAGCUGGAGGGUGAAGUUGCUGGCCACGAACGCCUCCGUGUGGUCUCGUAAGAUGGGCACCUCGGAAGAGAAAACGGCCCAUUCGCCCAUGUGGUACGACUGGUCCGCGUACUCCACGACCACCGUCUGCGUCACGAAGCAGUCUCCGUCGACGCAGGCGCCCGGGUAGGCGAAUGAGCUGAGUUUCGGGCCCAGAAAGUCCUUGACUCCCAUGCAGGUUAUCCGGGAAAGGUUCUGCGGGGCUUGUUCGUCGAUGAGUUGGCACGUGACGUGAUAGUAGCCCUUCUUGAAGAGAUCCAGGUUCACGAGCGGGCUCAGGGAGACGAGCACUCGCCUGGAAAAGUAAGGCAUCGCUGGACGGAGCUUCUCUUCCGCCGGCAAAGCGCUGGAUGUGUGACAGUUUCAGUGAAAAGGGAG